UGUCAAGGUAGGCAGUCCAAUGUCUGGGGCGUAUGGAGAUCGGUCACUGAAGGAGACACCAACAUGGGCUGUUGCACUGGUCUCUGCAGUUUUUGUGAUCAUCUCAAUUCUUAUUGAACAUGGGAUUCAUUCUCUUGGAAAGUGGUUUCAAAAGCACAAGAAGAAGGCCAUGACCGAGGCUUUGGAGAAGAUUAAAGAUGAGUUGAUGCUUCUAGGAUUCAUAUCCCUCCUCAUAACUGCUGGUACAAAUCCAAUCUCUAAGAUAUGCAUCCCUCUCAAAUUUGGAGAUAUCAUGCUUCCUUGUAAGCAUGAGUCCAAGAAGUUAUUAUAUAACAAAGAUGGCUUUAGCAGAAGAAAGUUGCUGUGGUAUGCCGGAAAUUCUGCUCCUGCUGGUGGUGAAGGCUACUGCUCUAAAUAUGGCAAAAUACAAUUGAUUUCUCAAUCAGGGGUGCACCAACUGCACAUUUUCAUCUUUCUACUCGGAGUUUUCCACAUCCUAUACAGUGUAAUCGGAAUGGCUCUAGCACAGGCCAAAAUGAAGAAGUGGAAAGCAUGGGAGAUAGAAACUACUUCACUGGAAUAUGAAUUUACAAAUGAUCCUUCAAGAUUUAGGAUCACUCAUGAAACCUCCUUUGUUCGGCGGCAUACUAGUUUCUCCAAACUGCCUGGCCUCAGAUGGAUUGUGGCUUUCUUCAGGCAAUUCUUUGCCUCAGUAACAAAUGUGGAUUAUCUCACAAUGCGACAUGGAUUCAUCAAUGCUCAUUUUGCUCCAAAUAGCCAAUUCAAUUUCCACAAGUAUAUCAAAAGAUCUAUGGAAGAUGAUUUCAAAUUGGUUGUUGGUAUCAGUGUACCACUAUGGAUAUUUGCAAUCCUCUUUCAACUACUAAAUGUCUACAGAUGGUACACACUUUUCGUCAUAUCCUUCCUGCCGCCCAUAAUGAUCUUGAUAAUCGGUGCAAAGCUUCAACUCAUUAUAAUGGAAAUGGCUCAGCAAAUCCAAGACCGAGCAACCAUUGUGAAGGGAAUUCCAGUGGUAGAGCCUAGAAACGAUUAUUUUUGGCUCAACCAGCCUGAUUUGAUCCUUUUCUUGAUGCAUUUCACGUUGUUCCAGAAUGCAUUUCAGAUGGCUUACUUUCUGUGGACAUGGUAUGAGUUUGGGCUAACAUCAUGCUUCCAUGAAAACUUGCCUCUAAUUUUGACCAAGGUUUUUCUUGGUGUAGCUUUUCAAGUUUUAUGUGGCUAUAUCACCUUCCCUGUCUAUGCCUUGGUAACCCAAAUGGGAUCCCACAUGAAGAGAUCCAUUUUUGAAGACCAGAUAGCAAAUGCUCUAAAGAGAUGGCAAAAGAAAGCAAAGGAGAGGAAGAAGUUGAGGCAAAUUACGGGGGCAGAAGUGUCAAAUUUCAGGUUCAUAAGUGGCAAGCCAACUCCAAGCCAUGACUCACCACCAAUCCACUUGCUCCACAUCUACACACACAAGUCCAUUGGAAUUGAAAACAAUUUCUAUUCCCCUAAUGCCCAUUGCUCUGAAACUGAGGCUUCAAGGGUUGAAGGCCCUUCAAUGGUUUCAUGUGGUGAUCAUCAAACAAGACCCGAAAAUAGUGCAAAAGAAGAUGAUGACGAUCUUCAUUAUGAUGUUGAUUUCUCACUUAAUCUGGCUUAGAAGUGUUGGAGCUUUGUAAGGUUUUAAAAUUUGAAAGCUAUAUUUGUAUUUUUUUUUCACGGCAAAAGUUAGUAUUUUUACAAUAGUUAGAUAAGGACCUUAGAAGGGUUGAACUCUUGACCCCUUUAUUCUUAGGACCUAUGUGCACUCCAUGAUGUUGUUGAGCUAAAGGCCUCUUGCGAAAUAUAUGUUUGUAUUAGAGAUGUGACUUUUAGUUUUAAAUGAAGAGACAUGUUUAUUAGCGAUCGAUGCAUAAAGGUGU